AUGGGAAGUCACGUAGAUGAGCUAGACCCAUCAUGGGGCGAUACAGAUCGGCUGCUUGGUCAGCUGUUCAUGAUGGGCUUUGAGGGAACCACAGUCACGCCUCAGAUUCGCAAGCUGAUACAGGAACAUCAUCUGGGCUCGAUUCUGCUGACAGCAAAGAACCUCAAAUCCGCCGAACAGACGACGCAGUUAGUACUUGAGCUGCAGAAAUGUGCCUACGAUGCCGGCCAUGUCGUGCCACUGGCCAUAGGCCUAGAUCAAGAGAAUGGCGGCGUCAACAGCCUCUUCGACGAGAUUUACAUUCGUCAAUAUCCCUCAGCCAUGGGUAUGGCAGCAACAGGAUCGCGUGAGCUAGCCUACGAAGUCGCGAAAGCCACUGCCGAGGAAAUCGCAGCCUGUGGCAUCAACUUGAUGAUGGGACCGUGUCUCGAUGUCUUGACUAAUGUACGAAAUCAGCCUCUGGGUGUGCGUACUACUGGCGACGACCCGCAAGAAGUUUCAUCGUACGGCGUGGCAUUCAUGAAGGGGUACAAGGACGCUGGUCUUGCCACGAUGGGCAAGCACUUCCCCUCGUACGGCAGUCUUGAGUUCCUCGGCUCAGCGCUGGAUGUUCCUACGAUCACGGAAAGCCUGGAGUCAUUGAGCCUGAACGCUUUGGUGCCGUUCCGUAACGCCAUCAAAGAAGGCUUAGAUGCCAUGAUGGUCGGAGGCUGUGCCAUGAACAGUGCUGGGCUGAAUGUUAUGCACGCCUGCCUGUCCGAGCAGGUAGUCAACGAUCUGCUUCGGAACGAUUUGCACUUCAAUGGCGUGGUCAUCUCCGACUGUCUAGAGAUGGAAGCGCUUAGCCAUAAUAUUGGCGUCGGCGGCGGCACAGUCAUGGCGAUUAAUGCAGGCUGUGACAUUGUGCUUCUCUGCCGCUCUUUCGUGCAUCAGCAAGAAGCUCUCGAGGGGUUCAAGCUUGGCAUCGAGAAUGCGAUGAUCACCAAAGAGCGUUUGCGAACCUCUCUGAAGCGGGUACUAAACAUGAAAGCGAAGUGCACGACUUGGGAGAAGGCACUCAACCCUCCCGGCAUCAAUCUGCUAUCGAAGCUACAACCUGCUCAUACUGUCUUGUCUACCAGGGCCUACAACUCUUCGAUCACUGUGGUAAGAGAUAAAGGCCGCAUACUGCCACUCGCAAAUACGAUGGAGCCAGAAGACGAGCUUCUGCUAUUGACGCCACUCGUAAAGCCAUUAGUAGCUUCGGCGGCCUCACGAGCACUUUCAGAGCAUGCCACGAAUGGCUCGCCAGAACCUGCGAUCUGGGAAAGAAGUGCUUCCGUCAUGAGCGGCGAGAGAGUAUUCCGAGAGCUCGGUCGCUCAUUGGCUCGUCAAAGGAGUGGCCGCGUUCUACACACCUCUUAUACAGCUAAUGGUGUGCGUCCGCAACACGAAAACCUCAUCAAUCGUGCCGGUGCUAUCGUGCUUGUCACUGCAGAUGCGAAUCGCAAUCUGUAUCAGAGCGGGUUCACAAAGCAUGUAUCGAUGAUCUGCAACAUGCAGUACACAUCUGGAGGCGACAAACGAGAGAAGCCGAUUGUGAUCGUGGCCGUGAGCUCACCUUACGACUUCGCCAUGGACCAAAGUAUCGGAACAUAUAUCUGCACCUAUGAUUUCACUGAGACAGCGCUCAAUUCACUGGUCAAAGUGCUCUAUGGUGAGCUAGCUCCCGCCGGUGCUUUACCCGGAACCAUCAGCCAGAGCCAGAAGCUGUCGCAGUCGAAGCAGCACUGGCUUGUCGAAGCUUUCAACGAAGAGCGCGACUCGAAUUCGCUUGACGUCCUGCUCAAGGUUGUGGUCGAAGGCAAUACCCCUGGAUUGCACUCCGAGCUUUCGAGUGCAUCAUCCAACUCUUUCCUCUUGCGGCAUCCUGAGAUCCUCGAAGCACAUUUCGUUGUGCGGAACAGUAGCACGCAAGCUUUAUAUGGCUUCUGCACGACUUACUUCUUCAAAGCAACAGGUACCGGCAUUAUUGGUGCUGUGUUCGUCGACCCGGGCCGCCGCAAGCUAUCAAUUGGACACUCGCUGCACAAUCGCGCUAUUCGUACAUUACUACAGCGAGAAGGCAUCAAGCGCUUCCAGCUUGGCUCGCGCCUGCCGAGUAUAUACCUAGGCAUACCCACAGAUCAUGGUGGCGAGCGUAAGCGACUUCGCUCGUGGUUCGCUAAUCUGGGCUGGAACACUGCAUUAUCUCGUGCAGUCUGCAGCAUGGUCGCGCGUAACCUGGCUACUUGGCAGCCGCCUCCUGGUAUGGCGAAAAGCCUGCAGAGCGCAGGGGUCGACUUCGAUCUGGUGUACGGCUGGGGUCAUGCAAGCCCGGUGCUCGACCAUAUCAAGACAAACAAUCGCCAAGGUCUGGCUGAGGUGUAUAAGAUGGCCUUGGCAGACCCGUCCGCUUGUGGUAUUAUCCGAGCUAGGCGGCCGGAAGAUGGCGCUCUCGUUGGCACUGUUGUACUGUACAACAUGCACUCGCAGCUGGCGGAAUUUGUGCCUGGUAUGAAAGACAUUGGCGAGCUCGCUGGUGGCAUCUCGUCUCCUGUCAUCAGUCCCUCCGUAGGCGAGUACUCGACUCUCCUGCAAGGUCUGAUCCUACUUGGCAUGCGUCAGAUCAGGAAGCAAGGCUGCAACGCGUGCAUCUUGGAUUACAUGGAUGGUGAUGGUGACUUCGAUGGACUUUCUGCUUUGGGUUUCAGUGUUCUGCACAAUUUCGAGGAGGUCAGCUGCGAUGCAGCAACUUGGACAAUGGUGCCGCCAUCAUGA